AUCAUCAUCAUCACCGACUGUCCGUGAGAGAGAAGCGGCGUCCUCAAACUUUUCCCAGAGUUAAUGACAUAAAUCAGGUAAAGUGCUGUUUUUAUCUUCACUGCUGUCUGUGGAUGUUAACCGACUGUUCAAAACUUCCCGAAACACCUUCAGAGGCUCAGCAGUCAGAGCAGUCAUUCCUGGAGUCACGCCAUGUUCAAGGCCGUGCUGAAGAAGAGCAGAGAUGGUGGGAAAAACAAGAAGGAUGCAGGGGAGCCGUUGGUGCUCAGUGGCCAGUGGAGGUGUGCUGGCGGUGGCAUGCCGGAUCCGUAUCCGUCUGCAGAUGAAGGCCUCAGACUGGGUUUUUCUAAAGGAGUCUCUAUGUCUCUGCCAUCGUCUCCUCUGCUGCCCCGACACACAUACGUGAUGGCAGCUCGACCCUGCAAGAAGUCUCCAGGAUUGGUUAGAAAGCCCAAAUAUGUGGAGAGUCCUCGUAUUCCUGGAGAUGUGUGUGCGGCGUCGCUGAAGAAGGUGCCUGAUUCUGCUACUGCUGGCUCCUCCUCCUCCACUCAGGAGUUGAUGACACGCUUGGGCUUCUUGCUGGGCGAAGGCAUCCCGGGCUCCACACACAUACCUAUGGACGGCAAGAAUGACAAAAAGUGUCCAGUGAAUCAGGGCAUCAGUCCGUGCUCCACCCUGACCAGCAGCACAGCGUCUCCCAGUACAGACAGUCCCUGCUCCACUCUGAACAGCAGCGGCCGGCCAGGGCUCACAGCCGUCUGCAUCACCAGCCCCAGCUCCACCCUCGACAGCAAAGACAGCGGCAUCAUCGCCACCAUCACCAGCUCCUCUGAGAAUGAGGAGCGCAGCGGCUCCAGCCUGGAGUGGAGUAAAGAGGGCAGUAUAAGGAGCUGCGGUCAGCAUGUUCUGGGACAGACGGCCACGCGGACAGACACAUGCUCUCCGGUGGCCGAGGAGGAACCAUCAGCGUCUGGGACAGGCUUACGGAUCGUCCCCAACACCAAGAAGAACUCAGAAGGACCCGUCCAGUAUACCACACAGAACCCGUCCAGCCUGAUGAUGCCUCGACCAAACUCAGUGGCAGCGACGAGCUCCACUAAGCUGGAGGAUCUCAGUUUUCUUGAUGAACAGCGAAACACCCCCCUGCGCACCUCCAUCCGCCUGCCCUGGCACAACACCGGCGGCAGAGCUCCACACGACAAAGCUUGCUUUGCUCCGUACAAGCCCACCGACAUCAUGCUUAAGCCGCUGCUGUUUGAGGUUCCCAGCAUCACCACAGACUCUGUGUUCGUGGGCCGUGAUUGGCUGUUCCAGCAACUGGAGGAUGACUUGAGCCCCAGCCAAUCAGGUGAGAGCAGCAGCUCCGGCUCCAUUCUGGUCGGCAACGUGGGCUUCGGAAAAACCGCCAUCAUCUCCCGCCUGGUGGCCCUCAGCUGCCAUGGAGGACGCAUGCGGCAGAUUGCAUCCAACAGUCCCACUGCAUCGCCUAAAAGUGCAGAAAUGAGUUCAGAUGUUCCUCUCAGUCAGUCGACUCCUCCACUCAGCACCAGCAGUACCCUGAGCUCCAGCAGCUGCCCGAACACACCCGAGCUCCAGCGCCACCGGGACCAGGCCGUCAGACGCCUCGCUGCUAAGGUGGUGGCGUAUCACUACUGUCAGGCUGAUAACACCUACACAUGUCUGGUGCCGGAGUUUGUGCACAGUGUGUCUGCUCUGCUGUGUCGAGCUCAUCAGCUGACGGCGUACAGAGAUCUGCUGCUGAAGGAGACGCAUCUGCAGAGUGUGCUGAGUCUGCGCUCCUGUGUGCAGGACCCCAGCGCUGCCUUCCGCAGGGGAAUCUUACAACCACUCAUCAACCUGCGCAAAGAGAGGAAGAUCCCGGAGGAAGACUGCAUUAUCCUGGUUGAUGGGUUGAAUGAGGCAGAGUUUCACAAACCAGACUAUGGAGACACUGUGGCCUCCUUCAUCACCAAAAUCAUCCCCAAAUUCCCCAGCUGGCUGAAACUGAUCGUCACUGUCAGGACAAACCUGCUGGAGAUCACCAGCCUGAUGCCGUUCUCCAAAAUCAGUCUGGAUGACUUCCCGGACAACCAGGAGAUCGGGACCGACCUCAACGCCUACAUCCAGCAGCGCAUCAGUGGCAGCCAGAACAUUCUCAGCAACAUCUCCCUCAACGGCAAAUCAGAUCCCGUCAUCGUCAGCAAAGUCAGCUCGCACCUGAUCUCCCGCAGCCAGGGCUCCUAUCUGUACCUCAAGCUGACCCUUGACCUUUUCGAAAGGGGUCACCUGGUCAUCAAGAGCGCCAGCUAUAAAGUAGUGCCCGUGUCUCUCUCUGAGCUCUAUCUGCUGCAGUGCAACAUGAAGUUUCUGAGUAACUCGGCGUUUGAGCGGGCCGUCCCCAUCCUGAACGUGGCGCUGGCGUCUCUGCACCCGCUGACGGAUGAGCAGCUGUUUCAGGCGCUGAACGCUGGCAGCCAGAGGGGGGAGCUGGAGUGGGACGACUUCCAGCAGAGGAUGGAGACGCUGUCCUGUUUCCUGAUCAGACGGAGGGAUAAAACACGCAUGUUCUGCCAUCCGUCCUUCAGAGAAUGGCUGGUGUGGAGAGCUGAUGGAGAGAGUUCAGACUUCCUGUGUGACCCCAGGAGUGGACACGCACUGAUGGCCUUCAUGUUGUCGAGGCAGGAGGGAAAGUUAAACAGACAGCAGACGAUGGAGUUGGGACAUCACAUCCUGAAAGCACACAUCUUCAAGGGUUUGAGUAAGAAGAUCGGCGUGUCGUCUAGUGUUCUGCAGGCCUUGUGGAUCAGCUGCAGUACUGAUGGUCUUUCUGCUGCUUUAGCCUCCCUGAGAAACCUCUACACACCCAACGUCAAGGUGAGUCGUCUGCUGAUGCUGGGAGGAGCCAAUGUGAACUACCGUACAGAAGUGCUGAAUAACGGGCCGGUGCUGUGCGUUCAGUCCCACCUCGGGCAUCAGGAGAUGGUGGCUCUGUUGCUGGAGUUUGGAGCAAAUGUGGACGUGCUGUCAGAAAACGGCAUGAGCGCUCUUUGUUACGCUGCAGCCGCUGGUCAUCUGGAGCUGAUCAGUCUGCUCUGCAAAAGAGGAGCCAAGGUGGAUCAUGUGGAUAAGAGCGGUCAGUGUGCGCUGGUUCAUGCGGCUCUGCGGGGUCAUUCAGAGGUCAUCGAGUGUCUGCUGGAGCUGCACUGGAGCUCUGAGAGUCAGCAGGAGCACAGUCUGAAGAGCCGGGCCCUGCAGCAGGCACUCAUCGCUGCCUGCAGUAUGGGACACAUUCAUGUUCUGGAAGGUUUACUGGCAAUGAAUGAUGAGCUGUCGGUGCAGAUUGAUGCUCAUGACACUCUGUGGGGAGAAACAGCUCUGACUGCAGCCGCAGGACGGGGGAAGAUGGAGGUGUGCAGCUUCCUGUUAAAGCGGGAAGCGCAAGUUCAGCAGGUAAACAGGAGAGGAGCGUGUGCUCUGUUCUGCGCAGUCCGACAGGGACACUGGCAGAUUGCAGAUCUGCUCCUGCAGCACGGAGCCGAUGUGAACGUCAGUGAUAAACAGGGCCGAACGCUGCUCAUGGUGGCGGCAUGUGAAGGACAUCUGAGUACAGCCGACUUCCUGCUGUCUAAAGGAGCCUCAGUGGCGUCGGUGGAUAAGGAAGGGCUGACACCGCUCAGCUGGGCCUGUUUAAAGGGACACAAGAGCGUGGUGCAGUUUUUGGUGGAGAAGGGGGCAGUUAUUGACCACUCGGACAAGAAUGGACGCUCCCCGCUGGAUCUGGCGGCUUUCUACGGAGAUGCAGACAUCGUUCAUUAUCUGGUGGAGAAGGGUGCUGUGAUCGAGCAUGUGGAUUACAGUGGGAUGAGGCCGCUGGAUCGAGCCAUCGGCUGCAGAAACACCUCAGUAGUGCUGACUUUACUGAAGAAAGGAGCAAAACUAGGCUACAGAACGUCUCCUUAUGAUCGAACAGGUAACGCAGCCUGGGCAAUGGCCACAUCCAAACCGGACAUCCUGAUCAUCCUCCUGCAGAAGCUGAUGGAAGAGGGAAACCUGCUUUAUAAGAGAGGGAAGAUGAAGGAAGCAGCUCAGCGUUAUCAAUAUGCUCUCAGGAAGUUUCCCAGAGAAGGAUUCGGUGAUGAACUCAAGGCCUUUAAGGAGCUGCGUGUGUCUCUGUACCUCAAUCUGUCCCGCUGCCGCCGGAAAACCAACGACUUCGGUUUGGCAGAAGACUUCGCAACUAAAGCUCUGGAGCUCAAACCCAAAUCAUACGAGGCGUAUUACGCUCGAGCCCGAGCCAAACGCAGCAGCAGGCAGUUCACGGCAGCAUUAGCCGACCUGCACGAAGCCUCGAAGCUCUGCCCGAACAACCGAGAGAUCUGCCGUCUGCUGGCACGGGUGGAGGACGAGUGCAAACAGAUGCAGCGCAGCCAGAGCAAACAACAGAACCUCUCAAACCCUGAACACCAUCAGCAGGAGCACGCAGAAGAAGAGGAAGACGACGACGAUGAAGACGACUCUGAGGCCUGGUCUCAAAACAUAUACUCGCUAAACCGCACUUCAAACGGCCGAUCGGCGUCUCCGCCACACAAACACAGCCUUCGCCAGCAACACAAGAGUCUGCUUCUACAGCCCAGCAAACAAGCGCAGAUCGUCAAAACCAACCAGCAUCUGGGCUCCUUACAGCCUGCGUCCGGACGAGUCAAGAAUCAGUACGCUCCAUCCAGCCCUAUUCCAAGCCGACACAUUUCUAGUGUGCUAAAAGCCGGACCAGGCAUUGAUAUUAGCCCGCUAGCACCUGCAAAUGCUGUUGAGACUGAAGAUCUGCAUCACGUACAGGUGCAUUCGACUCUCGAUGGAGCCAAUGUUAACGCAAGUCAGGAUUUGAGGAAGGAUGCUAAUGCUAGCAUGAGGGUUUCUAGCUCCACUAGCAGCCUGGCGUCCAGCAGUAGUUUAUCAGACAGCGGGAAGACCCAAGGACCAGAUGUCCGCACCAAAACCAGAACGGAUAAAGGUAAAAUCAGCCAGAGCGGCUCUGUGGAUUAUAAACCGCGUCCGUUCAUGGGGGUCAUGGAUAAAACGGCUCGUUUUCAGCAGCCGACGGCCACUCGGAGCUGGCAGAGUCACUCUACUGACGGUGUCGUAGCUUCAGCGGGUGAAAUCACGUUCGCUAAACCGUCCAGUGUUUAUUAUGAGCAGAUGAAGGGGCCGGCGGGUUUGCAUAACGGUGGUCUGCACGCCAAAGAGUUCGGCCAUAAAGAGGGAAAAGCAGUCCUGGCGCAUUCAUUUACGGACAGCAAACCCGGAUUAAAUCGAGAAACCGCCACCGCUCAUGUAGCGUCCAUGAAACCAAAGAGAUCCUUUAUAGAGUCCAAUGUUUGAGAUGAUCAUAUCCAGCACACAGACACUUACCAUUCACGACCACUCAAAAGUUUGGAGUCUUAAAGGUCCCGAAUUUUAGAUGUUAGUUUCAGCCUGUUCAUUUUAAGGAUGUUUAUUAGCUAGUGCGCUCCAAAAGAGUGUCUGCGUCCGAAAUCGUUUACUUUCAUACUAUAUAGUACGCUUAAAACUAUAUGUGAGCCAAGCAGUAUGUCCAAAUUCAUAGUAUGUGAGAAGUCCCCAUGUAACCCCACCGGUUCAACUCCACCCAACACGCUCCGAGCUGGUAUCGAACCGGUGAACUUCCGCAUGGGAGUCUGUUGCUCUAAAAAGGAGGCUAAAGGCUAUGGCCUCUAGCUGCUGACGCUAAAGCACCUUUAAAAGGUCAGAGUGAGCAUAGAUAUAUACACUAGAUAUUGCAUAGGGACCCUGAGCAUGCGUCAAUAGCACCGCCACAUUGGUACAGUGCUCCCAGGACAAAUG